AGCUAGCUUAGCUCACCCCCAACAUCGCACGCACGCACGCGCUAGAGAAACUAAAGAGAGAGAGGUCGAUCAGAAAUCAAUGGAGGCGCACGUGGAGAGGGCGCUCCGGGAGGGCCUGACGGAGGAGGAGAGGGCGGCGCUGGAGCCGGCGGUGAUGGCGCACCACACGUUCCCGCCCUCCACCACCACCGCCACCACGGCGGCGGCAACGUGCACAUCGCUGGUGACGCAGCGCGUGGCGGCGCCGGUGCGCGCGGUGUGGCCCAUCGUGCGCAGCUUCGGCAACCCGCAGCGGUACAAGCACUUCGUCCGCACCUGCGCCCUCGCCGCCGGCGACGGCGCCAGCGUCGGCAGCGUCCGCGAGGUCACCGUCGUGUCCGGCCUCCCGGCUUCCACCAGCACCGAGCGCCUCGAGAUGCUCGACGACGACCGCCACAUCAUCAGCUUCCGCGUCGUCGGCGGCCAGCACCGCCUCCGCAACUACCGCUCCGUCACCUCCGUCACCGAGUUCCAGCCGCCCGCCGCCGGCCCCGGCCCCGCCCCGCCGUACUGCGUCGUCGUCGAGUCCUACGUCGUCGACGUCCCCGACGGGAACACGGCGGAGGACACCAGGAUGUUCACCGACACCGUCGUCAAGCUCAACCUCCAGAUGCUCGCCGCCGUCGCCGAGGACUCCUCCUCUGCUUCGCGGCGGCGCGACUAGGAGAGGCCUCGUCAAUAAAUCGUCGUCGUCGUCCAUGGCGGCGGCGGUGUCGUGUUAUUUGUCACUUCUUCUUCUUCUUCUUUUUACUUUUUUUUUUAGUUUUGCUUUUCCCAUGUUUUUUUUUCUUUUGCUUUCCUUUUGGUUUUCUUGUAAAAACAACUGUUGUGGCAUAAGGAAGCCUGUUUUGGUUUGUACGGAGCAAGGGAUUUACAUUUCCGAUUCA